AUGACCUCUCCUGACCUCUCCACUCUCGCGAUUCACGCAGACGACGAACUCGCUCGAACCAACGACGUGGCACCCUCAAUUGCCGUCUCCACCACCUUCCGGUACUCCAGCAACCCGGAGGAUCUGGUCCCUCUGGCUGAAAACGAAGAUGAAGCGGCCUACGGAACCAACGAGUACGUCUACUCGCGGAUCGCCCACCCCACCACCUCGCGAGUGGAAAAGGUGCUGUCGACCAUCUUCAACAACAAGUUCCCGGUGGUCUACAACAACGGACUGGCUGCGUUCACGGCCCUGAUUGUCCACGUCAACCCCAAGCGCCUGUUCAUCGGAGAAGCCUACCACGGCUGCCAUGCUGUCAGUGACAUCUUCAAGCGAAUCCGAUACAACUUGGAGAUUCUGUCGCUAGACGAACUGGACAAGGUGGAGAAGGGAGAUCUGGUUCACCUGGAGACUCCUGUCAACCCCACCGGUUACUCUAGAGACCUGUCUUACUACGCCGACGCUGCUCACAAAAAGGGCGGCAUUUUGUCUGUUGAUGCUACCUUUGCUCCUCCCCCCCUGCAGGACCCCUUUGAUUUUGGAGCCGACAUUGUCAUGCACUCAGCCACCAAGUACUUUGGAGGCCACUCUGAUCUGCUGGCUGGAAUUCUUGUCGUCAAGACGCACGAGGAAGCCGAUCAGCUGGUUGGUGACCGAUCUUUCCUCGGAUCAGGUCCCGGAAACCUCGAAUCGUGGCUACUGCUCCGAUCUCUUCGAACUUACAGGCUGCGAAUCAAACAGCAGUCGGAUAACGCCACCGCCAUCACCAAGUACUUCUCCGACCACCUCUCUGACUUCCCCGCGCUCAAGUGUGUCCACCACUCGUCCUUUCAGACCGAGGACUUUGUCAAGAAGCAGCUUGUGGGAGGCUACGGACCUGUUUUCGUGCUGGAAAUGCAGUCUCGAGAAGCCGCCCGAGCUCUGCCCAGCAAGCUCAAGUUCUUCAACCACGCCACUUCUCUUGGAGGAGUCGAAUCGCUGAUUGAAUGGCGACUCAUGAGUGACGCUACCACUAACCCUGCUUACCUGCGGGUCUCUGUUGGUGUUGAGGACGCCAAUGACCUCAUCGGCGAUCUCAAGCAGGCUCUUGAGGCUUCCAAAUAA